UUUUUUUUUUUUGGAGAAAGGUUUAGUAUACAGAUUCACAACCCCUAAAGGGGUUUGCUGGGCUGAGCGUCCAUUGUGUUGAUUUAUUGGAUUGUAUUUUGCUAAUUCAUACCAGUGUCACAUCAUCAGGAAAGGUGGCUACACAAGACAGCAUUAAGGCUUAUAUUCUGAGGACGCCUCAUGCUCUCCUCAGCUUAAUUUCUAAUAUGAAUUCCAUACAGAUUGAGCAGAAAGUCAUACAGUGAGCACAGAACAGAAAAGAAAGUCAUAGGUAACAGCAUUAGGUUAAAACAGGUACAAACAUUUAAACAAUUAUAAGCAGGCCCAGGAAAGCACACAGGCAGAUCACCUCAAAAAAGCUGUGACAUCCGAUCUUAUCAUUUCAAGAGUUGUAAUUAGUGUUCAUAAUGCAGACUCUAAAUCAAGGAAAGUUCUUUAAAUGUAUAUAGAGGAUGUGUAAAAGCUGGAAAGAAACCUAUUUCAAGAUGGAUUAAAAAAUACCCAGGCAGAAUCUACUUCAAUGUGGAGGUGUUACUUGUCCAAGUAUAGGUAUUCCAUAAUUUCGGGGAAGUUUUCCUGAAAUACGAAAGCCUGUGCUGCCCAGCGGUACUCCCCAAAUUUUCCCGGGACAAACACCUGCGUGUACUCAGAGGCUAACUUCUCAAUCGCCCCCCAAACCCCCUCGGCUCUGACCUCAAAGGUUGGGUCCAUGACAGCUUGGACGUCACUCCUGUGCCAGUCGAGGGCUUAAAAAGGCACACAAUGACAGUAUCUGCGGGGCUCCCAAGUGGGAAACCUAGACCAGGCUCCGUUAGCUUCGUGCACUGAGAUGCGCGUUCGGGUGGGCGUGCCGCCCACAGUCCCGUGGCCACAGCCGGCGGGUCCCAGCAUCCUGAGCGGCGGGAACCCUGUCGCCCACUACCCAGCAGGCCCCGGGGCGCUUCCGCGCCUGCGCCCUCGGACGUGGUGGUGACGCCCCCGGCGAAUCCUCGCUCGUCGUGGACUUGAGGAGGCAACGGCGUUUUCCCGCGCUUUUUCUGGACGCCUCAGGUUAGGUAUUUUAUUUAUAUUAUUAUUGUUGAUAUUCUCUCUGUCGAGCGUGGAAAGCAGGCCGCGAAUUUGAAGUUUUGGUGAGUCUAAUUCUCAAACUUUGGUCUUCUGUAACUUGGACAGAUUACUAAAUUGGCUCUCCCCCCCCGCCACCACCUUGUGGAAAAUUUGGAAUUAGCUGCGCUUCUCUCUCUGCCUGAGGAGGGUCUCAGCUUCCAAAUUGUCCCCAGCUCUUCCCCAAUGCACAUGACCCAGCUGGAGGUAAAUUAGACCUCAUAACUCCCGCUACCAGGUGCCACACACCUGUGGAGACUCACUCAGCGGGGACAUUGGGGUUCAGGGGUCAGAGCGUCUUUGUCCACCCCUAGGACCAAGGCAGCAGUCUUGACAGAUUUUACCAGUUCACAAAUGUGAACAUUGUCCCUUGGCAUAUAAUUAGUGUGUUACUGUUGUUUUAUACAAUAUAUGACUUAUUUUGAUAUGCUCAGAAUAUGGCUGCCUAGUUUGGGUUAGUAAAACGCCAGUGAGAGAGGGCACUAUGUUGAAUAAUAACUGAAUCAAGUGUAUUUGUAUAGCUUUACAAAUGUUUUAAAUAGAAGCAUCACAUCGAAUAGUAUUUAUAUUAAUAGAUGAAUUGUUUAAUUCGUGAUACAAUCUGCUUUUAUAUAUAUUUUCAGGCUUCAUAAUGAUCAGGUACUUGGAUGAAUUAGGUUAGUUUCCAUUUAAUACUAUCAGGUUACUACUCUUUUUUAGUCAAGGCAACACAGGUAAAGAAUCUGAGGGAUCAGCAUAUGUGCAAAAACUAAAAAUGUAACUUAAAAUACUUUGCACUAAAGAAUAACUGAAAUCAGUGCCUGGACUUUUAUAUCUGCCAAGUGUGACAAGUGAUAUUAAAAUAUUCUAGCAAAUUAUGAAUGGGUAACAAAUGUGGAUUUUUGUUUAGAUAUUGAGGCAUGGCAAAAAGCACUAAUUUAAUUUUUAUUUGUUUGUACCUUGUAAAUGUUCCUAAACCUUUUUUUCCACAAACAUUUUAUCUUUGACUUGUAAGUGAGAUUUGAAACACCUGUGUCUUUAACUUUUUCCUUAAAAAUUUUUUUCAUGGUCUUUGUAGUGGUUUGCACAAAGGAGCACAAUGUUGUUGACUGAUUGAAAUCACUAGGAUAAAUUGAUUAUAAUAAAUAUAAAAACAUAAUAAAAGGUACAUUAUUUUGUCAUCAUAAAAUGAAGACUUCCUUUCCUCCCUCCCUCUUUUCUUUCUUUCUUCCUUUCCUUCCUUCCUCCCUUCCUUCCUUCCUCUCUCUUUCUUUCUCUCUUUCUUUCUUUCUUUCUUUCUUUCUUUCUUUUCCUUCUUUCCUUCUUUCUUUCUUUCAUUUUACUGCAAUUUGACUUUUUCGUUUACCCCUUAUUAGGAUUCUUUCAGCAUCUGGAGACCUCAUUGUCUACCAUGUCUUUGUGUGAAGACAUGCUGCUUUGUAAUUAUCGCAAGUGUCGCAUCAAACUCUCUGGUUAUGCAUGGGUCACUGCCUGCUCUCACAUAUUCUGUGAUCAGCAUGGCAGUGGUGAGUUUAGCCGUUCACCAGCUAUCUGCCCUGCCUGCAACAGUACUCUUUCUGGAAAGCUAGAUAUUGUCCGCACAGAACUCAGUCCAUCAGAGGAAUAUAAAGCCAUGGUAUUGGCAGGACUUCGACCAGAGAUUGUGUUGGACAUUAGCUCCCGAGCAUUGGCCUUCUGGACAUAUCAGGUACACCAGGAGCGUCUCUAUCAAGAAUACAAUUUCAGCAAGGCUGAGGGCCAUCUGAAACAGAUGGAGAAGAUAUAUACUCAGCAAAUACAGAGCAAGGAUAUAGAAUUGACCUCUAUGAAAGGGGAGGUCACCUCCAUGAAGAAAGUGCUUGAAGAGUACAAGAAAAAGUUCAGUGACAUCUCUGAGAAACUUAUGGAGCGAAAUCGCCAGUAUCAAAAGCUGCAAGGCCUCUAUGAUAGCCUUAGGCUACGAAAUAUCACUAUUGCUAAUCAAGAAGGCACCCUGGAACCAUCCAUGAUUUCACAGUCUGGUGUUUUUGGCUUCCCAUUAGGGAACAACUCCAAGUUUCCUUUGGAUAGUACACCCGUUCGAAAUCGAGGUGGUGGAGAUGGUGAUUUUCAGUUCAGACCGUUUUUUGUGGGUUCUCCCACAGCGCCUGAACCCAGCAACAGCUUUUUCAGUUUCGCCUCCCCAAGUCGUGAGUUAGAGCAGCAGCAAGUCUCUAGCAGGGCCUUUAAAGUAAAAAGAAUUUAGCUCACCUUACAGAAGUUUCUCUGUUAACUUUCAGUGAUUUCAUUUCACAGAUAAUCUUUAUUCUAGGUAGGAGUCACCAACCUCCAUGUGUUUGCUAUUGAGUCUUUGAAAUUAUCUUCACAUUUUCAACUUAUAAGAAACUCAGUGUCAGUGGGGGUUAGCUUUAGAGUCUGGUUUCUUACUCUGUUUCUAUUAUUUAAGGCAUGAGCAUUUGAUUAAACUCAAUUUUAUUAUGAACUGUCAAGUUUUCACCAGCAGUGAAAAGCUUACAGUAUUAUUGGGUGUUUUGUAGAUCGCCAUUCGUUUCUGUCUAGGAUAUUUCUGACUGAGACAUGUUUAAGCAUAAAUAUAUAAGCACCUAUGUCAUAUGUCAGCAUGUCACUUUGGGUUCUGGUAUUUAUACGUGCAUGUGUAUGUAUGUUCCUUUACAUUGAUAUUUUGCUAUAUUUGACAGUAUAUUUAUGUGAAGAUUUUGGUUUUAGGAAAUGGUGAAUCUGUAGCUUGUUCUUUGGGUGUGUACAGUUAUUUGUAUACAUUUAAUGCAUUUGCCCUUGUAUUAACUCAUUUGGAGGUGUUCUCAUGUCGAUGAAUGAGGGUACAAUUUGAGGCAUGUAUGUAUGUUCUGUUCCUGUUUAAUGAUUCACACUGAUAAAGCUAUUUUGUGAAGUUGAUAUUUUGGCAUUUAUUUUAAAAUAAAAUUACCUCUUUCUUUA